AGUUGGUAGCGGAAACAACAAGACGAGUCUGAAGCAGAAGAGGAACCUUUUACCAAGACGAGUGAAGCAGGAGGGACGGCUUCUACCGGCACUUGCUCGUAUCAUUGAUUGCAUGGCUGGAAGGUCCGCCCUGGCCCAUGUAUUAGUGUAGUUACAGCACUCCAAGCAAGGUGCCCCAUGGGUGUGGAUUAAUAAACGUCACUGACAAGGUCUUAUUGAAAACUCUCGGGCAAAGAUCAAGUGUGGCACCUUUUUCAGAUCAGAAAAAAAUUCUAAAUCAGAUACUUGAAUUUUCUGUGAAAAAAGAAAAAGUUUUUGUGAAAAGUGCUUGUGUUUUGUGUUUGCUGCACUGUGUGGUUGUGAGAUACCAGUGCUACUCAAGACAGACAUGAAGAAGCGGAUAGGCAUGUAAUUUGCUGUGGUGGCCUGCUAGGACUACAGGCAAUAAUUACCUCUGAUGAUACACAAGUCGGCCUGCUUAGGAAACACACACAAUUCCAUGUUCUCUCCUUCAUGGAAAUCAGAUUUCUAGGGAUCAGAGACAAUUUUCUUCUAAUUUUGUGCCUCAAGAGAUGCCAGCACUGAUGAACUGUUCAGUUCCAUCCAGUCUUUGUCAGCGUAAAUGGUAACUGGAACACUGGUCCGUCCCAUUAUUCCUGAAGGAUAGACCCACAAGAGCAAUAUGGGAUAUAUCACCCCAGCUGGCAUUAACAGACACACUAUGCAGUGGAAUAACACCUUACACUGACUGUUGGAGGAAUAACAGUAUAUACUGACUGUGGAAUAACACCUUAUACUGACUGUUGGAGGAAUAACAGUAUAUACUGACAACUGGAGGAAUAACAAUAUAUACUGACACUUGGAGGAAUACCAUACACUGACUGUUUGAGAAAUAACAGUAUAAAAUGACUGUGGAAUAACACCUCAUACUUACUGUUGGAGGAAUAACAGUUUAAACUGAUUGUGGAAUAACAUCUUAUACUGACUGUUGGAGGAAAAACAGUAUAAACUAACUGCGGAAUAUCACCUUAAACUAACUGUUGGAGGAAUACCAGUAUAUACUGAUUGUGGAUUAACACCUUAUACUGUUGGUGUAAUAUCAGUUUUAUUGUAAUAGGAAGAAUAGUUGUAUCGUUAAAGUUGAGGAACAGAAGAGUAAAACAGAAGGACUGCAGUAACAGCAUAUUGUGAAUGUGGGAUAACACUAUAAACUCAUUGCAAUAACAGUGAAGUGGAAUAAUAUAAUACAUACUUUCAAAUAACAAUUUACACUAUCAGUGCAAAAAGGAUAUACUAACUGUGGAAUGGAACUUUACGGACUCGCACAAGAGUAAACAUACUUGGGAAAGAGUAUAUAUACAUACUGACUGUGUGAUAACAGUAUCUAUUUACUGCGGAACAACAGUUCAUUUUGAAAGAAAAAAUAACCAACAAUUUUGACUGUGGAAUAACAGGGCACAUUCUACUACAGCUGUGAUAUAACGCAACAUUAAAGUGGAAAAGUAUUAUGAUGAACUAAAAUGAAGAGGUAAUAACACCUUAUCGCACCCCCAACAUUGUUCAAAGCAUCUUGUUUAGGAUGAGCAACUCCCAGCCUGAAGUGAUGUACAUGUAGCAAAUGUACUGCCACAAUGUUGAUACAGGGGCCUUGUUUAAACAUCACCGAUGAGGAAGACAAUAACACCGGUCUAGGAAGUGAGCGGGCCAAGUUGUUGUUUGAGGAUGUGAGCUAUAUUGUAUAUGGCUUUGCCCUGCCCAGUGUGUGUCUUUUUGGAAUGGUGGGCAAUGUCCUCAACCUCACCAUUCUAACACGUCGGAAACUUCAGAAAUCUUUCCGAACACUUGAAAUGGCAGCUAACUACUGCCUCGUGGCACUGGCUGUGUCUGAUCUUAUGUUUUGUGUUUUUGCUUUUCCGACCACAUUUCUUUCUGGGGAUGACAUGUAUCAUAAUACCGAGUUUCUACUCAAGUAUCGGAUGUACGGGACGGCCGUGAUCAAUGUGUUUAUCAUGGUUAGCACCUGGCUGACUGUUGCAAUGUCGCUGGAACGCUUUCUGGCAAUCUGUUACCCUCUUCGUCAAGAUUUGUAUUUAACAACACGGCGGAUAAAAAUCAUCAUUGUGAUCUCCUACAUAUUUUCCUUUAUCUUCAAUGUUCCAAUUUUGUGGAGGUACGAGCCUCGAUUACUAUGUAGCACAAAUUCAUCACAUCCUAUUUACAUGCCGAAAACAGUCCCCUUACUUGGCAGCGACAAGAUUGACACAGCUUAUCGGAUAUUGUGGGCUUUCAUCGGAAACUUCAUUCCUCUUAUUCUGCUCUUCUACUUUAAUGUGUGUUUGUGCAGAAAGAUCUAUCGCUCAUACAAAAUGAGACAAAAAUUCAAACAAGAUCGACAUGGAUCCGAAAACUCAAGCCACACACUAACAAUAACACUUGUCGUCAUUGUCGUCAUGUUUUUCAUCCUUGUGGCGCCUUCAGAGAUUGUGAUUGUGAUAGCCAAAAUAACAAAUAAUGACAGUAAUUAUUCAUACAUGACUAUAGAAGCCAUAAUGAACUUCCUGCAGUCGCUGAACUUCUCCGUGAACUUCAUUCUGUACUGCAUCAUCAGUCCCUACUUCAGGAAGACACUCAAGUACAUCUUCUGCUGCGGCUGCUACAACAUCUACCAGGUGUCCAAGCAGUGGAAGAAGGAGUUUGAAACGUCACUCAUGUGACAAUCAACCCCCCAGACAGAAUUUGAAUUGGAAAGCUUCUAAUAAACCCAAUGUCAUUAAAAUCAGACAGUUUACUCCAAUUUGAUAUUCUUUCUGAAUAGAUUUUCCCUCCCCCUCCCCCCAAAAGGAAAUGCGUUGUUCUGAACAUAUAACACAAUAUCUACAAAAGUGAGUGUGAACAAGCAGUUCCAAAUGGAGAAGAAUGAUGGUGUGCAAUGGUGUGUAUUUACAGAAGUCACUUAAGUUGCAUUAUUCAGUAAAUGGCAUAAGGAGUACUAUUAUUUGUAGUUUCAUAUUUCCUAAACACCAAGUAUUUGUGAAAGUGCAAGUAAGGUUUACUGAUUUUCAAAAGCUCACAUCUGAUCAAAACCAUACACUUUCUUUAUAACAGGGUUGGACGAGAUCUAAGGACUGUCAGAUCUCAAGGGAGAGUAUUAUUUAUUUGGAGUAAAAUCUGAUUUUAAUGAGAAUGCUCAUAAACCACAGAUUUUACCAAAGACAAUGUCAGUAUAUGUGCCAUGAAUGAUUUCAGUUUCAAUUAAUCAUUUUUUUGAGGAUUAGGAAUCCAUCCUUAUCCACAAUAUGUAUGAUUCUUCUGGUACAUAUUUCAUAUCAUGCUGCAGCCAUUAAAUCUUUCACUUGCUCAUGGUGCCCGGCAACCACUGGUUCCGAGUUUGUGUGAGCUAUCUUCCCUCUAGGAUGCUAUCAUACUCCAUGUCCUACAUUUGUCAAGGUAUUUUAGGGGGAACCCUUACCUUUUUACCACUUUGAGGGUAAAGUCCAACAAUUGCAAAAUUUGACCUCUCUUUUCUCUAGAAUGCUUUUAUACUCCAAAACUACUUUGUCCAGGAGUUGUUUAAGGUUGGCACUGCAGCUGCAUUCAAUGGUUGUUAGACAUAAAGCAAUUGUUUUUUAUUUGAAAGAAUUCAAUAAUCACUUGAUAUUUACAAUCACCAAAUGUUGAAAACAUUAUUUUGAGUGAGUGAAUUUUGGUCACCCAUGCUCCCAGGAUUAUCUUGAAACGUACCACUUUAUGGAUAAUAACUUCUGGUUUAAUGCACAUAGCGACUUUUGAUGUAGAUUCUUAUUCUGUGAUCAAGCUGGAGUGAGGAGCUUGAUAAUGGCAUAAGAAUCUACAUCAAAACAUCACUAUAUGCAAUAAACCAGGAGUUGUUAUCCAUAAAGUUGUACGUUUUUCUUUCUUAUUUGCCAACUUCUAGCAUGCCAGUCAAACAGCUAUCUUGAAACACUGUAUAUCAUGAUACAUAUCACGCCAUAACACAUUAUCCUUACAACUUUACUGCAAUGUCAACAAAGUGUAGCACUUAAGUACACACACCAUAGUGACAUACAUCACACAUACUGACUAAAAAACAACCUCCAACCACUGGGUCAUAUUACCUUUAAACAGGCAUGUAGGCUUGUACCAUUUCCCAAGUGAGAUGGUGAGAUGGUAUAUGAGAUUUAUACAACAGUGCUAGGUACAGUGUUCAACAAUGUGUCAUCAUACCCCUCUGUAGUCUUCACAACACAUCAAUCAAUGAUGUGCCUGGUCCUGGGAUAUACACAUAUUGAAGUUGGUCAUCAUGUAGAAAAACUGCUACAUCAGCAGAAAACACUAUUUCUAUUGGUGACUUUUUGCCUACUACUGAGACUUUAAUUGUAGCUCUAUGGCUACUUCAGAAGAAUCUAACCCUCCAUUCACUUAUCAAUCUACUCACUCAUUCAAUCAUCAAUCUACUAAUGCAUUCAAUCAUCAAUCUACUGACUCAUUCAAUCUACUGACUCAUUCAAUCAUCAAUCUGUCACUCAUUCAAUCUACUGACUCAUUCAAUCAUCAAUCUACUCACUAAAUCAUCAAUCUACUCACUAAAUCAUCAAUCUACUGACUCAUUUAAUUAUCAAUCUACUCACUCACUCAAUCAUCAAUCUACUCACUCACUCAAACAUCAAUCUACUCACACAUAGAAUCACUUUAAAUGAAUUAGUCACCCAAAUAUUAUGAUAAUGCUCCGGUGUGAGUGGAGCUAAUCUUACAAUGCAGUAUCUGUUUGCAUGAACCUUCUUGUCUAGAUUGCCAUGGUACACUGUGGCAGACUUCUGAAACAAGAACAGUGUUGCGGCCUCAGAACUGAGUGAAUGUAAUAACACCUGUACAUAUCCCUUCCAGUUAAGAAGCACAUGUCACUGCAGGCUGGAAAUAUUGUCCUGCAUGAUUCACAAUAGGGGCCAGCCGUUUAAUAUUCAGGGGGUUGGGAGUUCAUUCUUUUUUCAGUCAAAACAUUAAUUAAAUUUUGUUUUUCACAACAUUGGCUAAUUAUUUUUCCAGCAUUUUCUGAAUCAAAUUAAAUAAUUAAAUAAGAAUCAAAGAAACCAGAAUAUCAAAUGGUCGGCCCCAUACGUGUGUAUAGGCCAAAGGGUUAACAUCGUCUGUACCGGACCAAAGAGUUUUUUUGUUGUGUAGUGUUUCCCUAAGAACAAUAUCCAGACUAUGACCUUUCCUCUCAGGUCACUACAGCCGUCUGCUGUAAAUGUUGGUAUAUAUGUUAUAACACUACAGUUCUCUGCUGUAAAUGUUGGUGUGUAUGCAUAUGUUAUAAAACAACUACAGCUGUAAAUGUUGGAGUGUAUAUAUCUAUUAUAACAUAGGAUGGCCAAUUUACUUCAAAUCAGAAUUUCCUUGAAUAUGGACAUCUUCCUUGUAACAUGUACAUAAUAAAUAGUUACCAUGGAAACAGUCUAUGAUAUCUUGUUGCCAGUCUCUGUUGUUUGAGUGAGUGAGUGAGUGAGUGAGUGAGUGAGUGAGUUGGGUUUAACACCGCUUUUAACAGUAUUCCAGUUAUAUCGUGGCGUGUCAGCUUAAUGAAGGAGGAAAACUCGAUGUGAUGCACUUUGGUGAAACCCACA